AUGUCCUCUCUCUACCAAAUCAUAUCCCAACUGCCCCUUCUGCCCUCGUUUCUAUUGCCCACCCCACUCACAACAACCAUCGGCACCAUCGGCACCAUCAGCAAUGAGUACACACCAUCAUCCUCAAAUAUAAAACCCCCUCUCUGCCCUAACCCACCAUCACUGUCAUGCCCUUCAUCACCGCCACAAGACGACAUCAACACAUGCUGCGUCAACCACCCGUCCGGACACUUCCUGCAGACCCAAUUCUGGGACACGGCACCACCCAUCGGGCCCAACAACUCGUGGACCAUCCACGGCCUGUGGCCGGAUCUCUGUACUGGAGGGUUUGAAGCGUUUUGCGAUUCUUCGCGCUCGCACUCGGAUAUCCGGGCCGUUCUCCGCCACGCCCUCGAGGAGGACCACGAGGAGGACUCGGCCCAGAGCCAUCAUGGAACGCACUCGGAGAUGAUCGACGGACUGCUCUCCUUCAUGGAGACGUACUGGCUCUCCCUGGACGGCGACCACGAGCACCUCUGGGCGCACGAGUGGAACAAGCACGGCACAUGCAUCUCGACCCUCGAGCCGUACUGCUACUCGAGCCCCUCAACAAGCCGGCAUCGCCACCUGGACGUGCUGGACUACUUCAUCCACGCGACCUCCCUCUUCAAGACGCUCGACACGUACACUGUUCUCGCGGACGCGGGAAUCCUCCCUUCGUCCCACAAGCGCUAUUCCCUGCAGGACCUAGAAACGGCCGUCCAGGCCUCUCCGCACGGCCACCCCGUGACAUUCCGGUGCAACCACCGCGGCGAAUUGGAUGAGGUGUGGUAUCAUUUCGCCGUGAUGGGUUCGCUGAGACAGUCACACACCUCUUAUACUCGUCCAAGACGGACUUCCGCUGGGGCUGGAGCUGGAGCUGGAUCCGAAAUCGAAACUCCCCCCAUGUCCAUCCCGGAGGAGCCCUACGGCUCGCCAUUCCUGAACACGAGCACCGUGCGCAAACACUUCGUGCCCGUGCCGCCCGACGGAGCGCUCUCCAACUGCCCCAGACGAGGGAUCAAAUACCUCCCAAAGUCGCCCGAGCCUCCUCCUUCUCCUACCAAGACAACCACCGUCGGCCGCAACCCCACGUCAGCGCCAACAAGCACAUCCGCCCCAUUCACCGGCCGAGGCCACCUAGAAAUCCACAUCCUCCCAGACUCCACAUCCAAUGCAGCACCGGCCGAAGAUCCUCUCCUCGCUCCGUCCCCUAUUUCGCUUUCAGAUUCUGCAUCUCUCAAAAAAGGCUGUCUAAUCCGCCAAGGCCAAUGGUAUAUCUCGGGAACCUGCGCGACCUUCCGCGCCCAACACGACGUGGUCGAUCCGGGCCACCAAUCCCUCUUCUCCCUCUCGUCCUCAUACUCUCCCUGCCUGGUCAACCCUGCGUCCCAGAAAUUCGAAUGUACAAACUCAGCCAAGGUGCAGGGGAUCUUUUCUUACACUCCCAACGAGAGUGGGGUCAAUGUGCUCGCAUAUCAUAACCGCACCAUAUUUUACGCACACAGUGUUCCAAAGAGGUUUGAAAAGGUUGAUCUUUUUGCUGAUGACGGAAAUGGCGACAGGCAAGUGCAGGUGGAAAUCCAUUGGAUACCAGCAUAA